AUGUCGGCCGAGCAGCAGCCCGACCCGUGGUGGGGCAGUCAACGAGAUCCCUGGAGCAGGGCGAGCAAUGAUGAAGACGGUCGCCGUGCGGCUCAGACAGAGACGGGUGCGUCUCCUGACGAUGGACAGUGGGAUACCGCCGCUUGGGCGGACCAAUCGGAAGCGCCUCCACAGGGCGCCGGCUGGGGAGAUGUUGCCCCCAACCCUCAGCGAUGGGAGCACAGCAGACAAUGGCGCAAGCUCUUGGAAUGCCAGGAGGUCUUCGGACGGAUCCUGGAACGGAGGGAACUCGUGGUCCCAGACUUCUCCUCCGGCGAUGCGGUGGAGCGAUCCUACAACCAUGAACGGGAGUACCACCGGGACCCUGCCGACUACAGGCGAGCCUACAUCGGGCACUACCUGGGGCACCGGGAACUCCUCUCCGGCGACUCCCGAUGCAACGCGGAUUACGAACCCCGACCUGGCGGCCCUUCGGAGAAGAUCAUGGUCCCGGUCUUCCGAGGAGAAGGGGAGGGCGGAGAGCUGGGCACCUCAGCCCGAAGCUACCUGCGUCAGCGCGCCCUCGUACUCUACCAACACCUCCAAGGUGCCGCCUGGAUAAACGCCGAACAGCUCGCGGUUGACAGGUUGAGUUCCCCCGACGGCGUGGAGUACUUCAAGGCUUGGGUGACUCAGCACUACCUGGACAUCGAGGUGACCUCCAUCGGCAGGUCCUUGAGCGACCUGUUCAGGAAGCUCAAGAGGAGACCGGCUCAGACGUUCCGCGACUACGUUGCCGAGUACAACCGUCUCUCAGCGAGGGUGGCCGAGUGCGGAUGUCGGCUUCCUGACAUAGCCUCGGCAUGGCUGUUCGUAGAUCGGGCGAACCUUGAUGAGUCCACUGAGGUCAGUUUGUUGGCUUCGGUAGGGAACCGCUACAACCUCCAGCAACUGCAGCAAGCCGCGAUCAUCUUAGAUCGCUCGAUGCGGAAACCCUGGGAGCGGACGGGUCGCACCAACACCGACGACCUCGGCGAGCACGACAAUGGCGACCUCUACGUGUCCUACAUGACGGCGAAGGCUCGAUACAAGGACGCGGCCAAGGCCAGAGGAGUGGACGUGGAAGCCGUUCGCAAAACGGCGGAGCAAAAGGUGGCUCUGGCUAAGAGCAAAAGCCACUGCGCGGCGUGCGGGCAGAAGGGACAUUGGCAUCGGGACGCCAUAUGUCCAAAAAAAAAGGCUGGAACAAGCAACCAGGACCCGAAGGCCCACAGCAUCCAUGUGACCAACGAGGCCUACCCCUACGAGUUCAUCAAUGAAAGGGAGUCUUUCCGAUUCGGGGCGAGCCGGGUCUACGAGUCGAGCAAUGCGGCUGUGAUUCUCACCAAGGUCGGCGGGACUUGGUUGGCAAUCAAGGCCGCGGUCAUCUACGGCGACAUCCCACUACUUCUCUCGCGCCCCCUGUUGGCGAGUCUGGGCAUGAUGUUCGAUGUUGAGCACAAUGUCGCGAACUUUAGAAAGAUCAAUGUUGAGGGCUUAAGUUGGCCUCCACUCCCUCAGGACACCCGGCCCUGA